AUGGUGGAUGCCAGCGAGAACGGUAUGGCCGCCGUCUGCUAUUUGCGUUUCAUCAAAUCCGACGCCAUUAGCUGCUCCAUCGUCGCCGCUAAAACUAGAGUCGCAUCACUAAGGUUCACUUCAAUCUCGAGAAUGGAACUGGCCGCGGCUAUCCUUGGUGCUCGCUUAGCUCUCACUUUCCGAAUAUCCAGCAAACUAUAUUGGUCAGACUCCAGAGAUGUCUUAUGCUGGAUUAACUCGGAUCAUCGUCGCUAUAGCCAAUACGUCGGCCACCGAAUAAGCGAGAUUCUGGAUAUUUCGGAAGCACAUGAAUGGCGGUGGGUUCCAAGUAAAUUAAACUGUGCUGACGACGCGACCAAGUGGACCAGCUUACCAGACAUGUCCUCCGAUCAUAGAUGUUUCAAAGGAGCAAGCUUUCUCUGGCACACUAAAGAAAAUUGGCCACCGUUCCUAACUCUUAAGGGUUCAACAGAAAACAAGCACCGUUCUUCCCUUAUGGCUCAUCACGUACCAUUGGAACCGGUCAUCAGAGUCACCGAAUUCUCAAGUUGGAAAAAGUUGGUCAGAAUUGCAGCGCUCGUUUAUCGUCUCGUGUAUUACUAUCUUCGGAAGCGGGCCAAGAAACCAAUUCCUACAAGACCACUAACAGCAAACGAUCUCAUGAUCGCCGAGCGUUCACUGAUAAGACUUGCGCAGCGGGAGUCGUACCCCGAUGAAAUUGCUGCUCUCCAGAAAGCAUCACGAACCGAGUCCAUGUUACACAAUUCCCAAAACAAGCACACAAUUCCCAAAACAUGCACGAUAUACCAGUUAACUCCAAAGCUGGACGAAUAUGGAAUCAUGCGUAUGAGAACCCGGAUCGCCGCUUGUCAUUACGCCACUGAAGACACCAAGCAACCAAUAAUUUUGAACCGGAAACACCACACCACCACCCUGAUUGUAGCACACUACCACUCUAAGAACCACCACCAAAACCACGAAAAUGUAAUCAAUGAAAUCAGGCAGAAAUUCUGUAUCCCACAAAUACGAGCCUGUUUUAAUCGAGUACGAAUGUCAGCGAUGCAAGAACCAUCACGCCGCACCCAACCCACCGUUUAUGGCCGAUCUUCCUCCGGCCCGGCUUGCUGCUUUCUCACAACCGUUCACGCACGUGGGAGUGGACUAUUUCAGGCCAAUUGA